CGGUCGUCGACCUGAUUCCGAGACAUCCGAUGUGUCGUGAGCAUGCUGGCUUGAGAGUUGUGGGCAAGUGUCGAUGGUGCUAUAUCCAAGCAGCGGCGCGUCGACGAUGGACGUGCGCCGCACCACAGCAUUGUCCGCAAGCAAGUCGCCCGGGUUGGUGCUGUACACACCGAUGCACCCACCAGUGCCCCACCACUCGAGCAGUCGGUCGAUAUCGACGACGUGGGACACGACCGACGACUACGGACGGCGAGGUGGCGGCGUGCCGUACUCGUUGCAGGUGGACACGGGUAGUUCUGUCGACGACUCGAUGAUCCUGAAAGACGACUACAUCGUCGAUACGAUCCUCGAGGAAGGCGCGCUUGUUCCUGGCGGCGCACUCCACUUGUGGUCGAUGGAAGCGUGUGCGCUGUACGCCCAGUACGCGUCGAUCGGGAUCGUGUACGGGAUGCUGCCCCAACUCGCGUACCCCGUGUAUGCAGUGUAUCUGCGCCUCGAAGGAUACCAAGUGAGUUCGUACAGCAUCUUGGUCAACAUGGCGUGGUCGCUAAAGAUCUUUUUCGGCAUGGCCUCCGACUGCAUUCCGAUCGGGGGCUACCGCCGCAAGCCAUGGAUGGUCCUGGGGUGGUUGAUCUGCUUUGGCAAUUGCCUCUUCAUGGCGCUAUAUCCAUUCAGUCGCCCGUAUUGCGACCCCCCCGCGACCGACCUGGUCGCGGUCGCGCAAUGCCAGAAUCGGUCCUACCCACCGAACGCUCCGUUCCUCAACAAGGGCGCGCACUCAAACUUGUACACGUUCAUCGUACCGUCGAUGCUGGCGAGCGUAGGCUACGUCAUGUCUGCCUGCGCGAGCGACGCCAUGGUCGUGCAGUACGCCCAGCGGGAGCCCGCCGCGACGCGUGGGCGCACCCAGACGGCCAUUUACGUUGUCCGCACCAUGGCGACGAUCGUGUCGCAGCUCGUGGUGGGGUUUUGCCUCAAUGGCCGCGAGUACGGCGGCGAGUUUUCGUUUUCGCUCCCGAUGAACGUCAUCUACGCCUUCUUGUGCAUCCCGUGCGUCCUGGUCACGAUCGUCACUGUAUUUGGCAUCCACGAGCACCAAACCGAGCGCGUGCCGUUCGCCAAGUACAUGGGCGGGUUGUGGUCAUUGCUCCAGAAGCAAGCACUGUGGCAAAUCAUGGCGUUUCGAUUCCUCAGCAACAUGUUUCAAGGGUUCAGUUCGACGGCGAUCCCGACCAUGUCGUCCGAAUGGGUCCAGCUCUGGCCGAUCGUGGAUUCCGUCUCGACAGCGUUCGGGUCGGUCAUUUUUGCCAGCAUCAUGACCGUCGUCGGCAAAUACGGCCUCCAGUGGAAUUGGCGGUGGACGAUUGCGCUCUCAACGCUCGGCCUCGUCUCGCUCGACAGCGUCGUGUACAUGGCGACGAUCUGGGACGUGUACCGGAACCAGUGGUUCUUCACGGGCGUCGUCUUGGCCGACAACAUCCCGACGGGCGUCCGGUUCAUCGUGAGCAUCUUUUGCGCCGUCGAGAUUGCCGACCUCGGCAUCGAAGGCACCGUGUACGGCCUCGUAACGACUGUCAACAACCUCGCGACGCCCGUCGCGGGCGUGUUGUACAAAUGGAUCGACGCGUACUUCAAGGUCACGUCGGACGACAUCAAGACGGACACGACCGAGAUUCGGUGGCAUGUGACGUACACGUUCUUGAUUGCGUAUGCGAUGAAAGUGCUGUCGCUCGGGUGGCUCUUCUUGCUGCCGCCGCAAAAGGCCCACCUCCAGCGCCUCAAAAAGUACGGCCACAAGAGCCCGGUCGCGGGCGCCGCCGCCGUCGUCCUCUUUCUCGCGUUCCUCGUUUUCUCGAUCACGACCAACUUGAUGUCGAUCAUUUCGUCCACAAGGUGCUAUCGCAUCGCGGGCGGCAAAGGAUGCGAUCAACACGUCACGGACCGGUGUGUGUGCUGACGAGGUCGUGGUGGUGGCCUGUCGUGUGUUCGUCGUGUAGCUGCUGUCGUUGUUGCCAUGAACGUAGUCGGUGUCUUCAUGGCGGAGUGGUUGGUCUUUCUUUCCGACGUCAAGCAGGAGCGAUGCAGGCAUACCGCGUCGAGCUGUGGCGCGGCUGCUUUUCUGCCUGUGGCCCCUGUCCUGAAUGGAAUGGGCUGUGUAUGCGUG